CCUCUCUCAACGUGCUGCAAUGGGAAGGAGGCGGUGUUUUGCUGAUCUGUUAAAUUCUUAGUCAAGUUUCCUUGAUUUCCAGUGGCUGCUGUCGUUUGAGUUUGGUUUGGAUCAAAUCUGAGAUUAUCCUGGCAUUUCUGGGACAGAAUCCAGGCGAGAGGAAGAAGAAAAAGAAGGAGAAGGAGAAGAGAAAAAAUGGUGGGGAGAAAUAAAGGGAGGAGAGAAACUUAGGAAAAGAAAAAAAAAAAAAAAACCCUUUCAGCAUCACAUUCCUGUGUUUUCCUCCAGCCUGGAAAACAUAUUAAUCCCAGCGCUUCUACACUUCGAGACAAAGGGACUGAGUCAGACUGUGGGGGAAAGGGUGAUAAGAAAGAUCCUGGAACUCUAAAGAGAGAAAGCAAAGCGUGAGAUUCAGAAGAAGCUGGGACUCCACAGAAAGGGACAUCCCCAGUCGGCACAGGGAACUGACACUCAGACACCCAGGAUCGAGCAGACAGCAGACAAAUGGAGUUUCGAAGACUUAAAAGGACAGCACUUUUCACCUCAUUCAACUUGUCAAGAAGGUAAAGAGACAUCCGCAGAGGGAAAGAAGAAAGCAGCUGAGCCCUCCGGUCAGAACAGGGUGUGGGUCUGGGGUGCUCUAGGAGCAGGAGCUGCAGUACAGCCCCCCUGUUUCACUCAACCUCCAGGAGAGAGAAGUUUGGAAGAAAAGCAUUGCAUCGAGGAAACUGUCCCCGGACCUCACUCCAGAUUGCUGUUUAAACCUCUGCAUUCCAUCUCCAUGAGCCACAAUUGGAUUGCACAAUGACAUGGAGAAUGGGACCUAGUUUUAUCAUGCUGCUGGCAAUGUGGCUGGUGUGUGGAUCGGAACCCCACCCCCAGGCCACGAAUCGAGAGAGCCACCAAGGGGGGAAAGCACCUCUCUUAUCCCCAGUCAACAGUAGGCCAGCUCGGUUUCUGAGGCACGCGGGGACUUCUCAGGGAAUGGAGAGAACCACUCUGGAAGAACCACAUCUUCAGCCUCUCAGAAGGAGCGUGCCUGUGCUGAAAGUAGCUCGGGCAGCAGCUCUGCUGUCCUCGCGGGGCAACCACAGGGCCCUGCUGAGACCUGAGCAGAGACCGGUGACAGCCCGGAGUCCACCCCGUGAGAUGGUGCGAGACGAGGGCGUCUCAGUUAGGUCAAGAAUGUUGCGCUUCCCCUCUGGGUCCAGCUCUCCCAACAUCCUCGCCAGCUUUGCAGGGAAGAACCGAGUGUGGGUCAUCUCCGCCCCGCAUCCCUCAGAAGGCUACUACCGCCUCAUGAUGAGCCUCCUGAAGGACGACGUGUACUGCGAGCUGGCAGAGAGGCACAUCCAGCAGAUCGUGCUCUUCCACCAGGCGGGCGAGGAAGGAGGCAAGGUGCGGAGGAUCACCAGUGAGGGCCAGGUCCUGGAGCAGCCCCUCGACCCCAGCCUCAUCCCUAAGCUGAUGAGCUUCUUGAAGCUGGAGAAGGGGAAGUUUGGCAUGGUGCUGCUGAAGAAGACGCUGCAGGUAGAGGAGCGCUAUCCUUACCCAGUCAGGCUGGAGGCCAUGUACGAGGUCAUCGACCAGGGCCCCAUCCGCAAAAUAGAGAAGAUCCGGCAGAAGGGUUUUGUCCAAAAAUGUAAGUCCUCUGGGUUAGAGGGCCAGGUGGUAGAGGAGUUGGACAACGGUGGAGGGACAGGAAGACCAGGCUUGAGCAGUGACAAGAGGAAAGAGGACCCGAGGAAAGCACAAGUCCCACCAACCAGAGACAGUCGGGUGAAGGUGAUUAGAAAACCUGCCACCACUACGGAGGCCCCUUCCCCACCUCCUCCAACCCCAAGGGCCACGACCCUGCCUCCUGCGCCGGUCACUGCAGCGACUCGGGCCACCUCUCGAGUGGUAACUGUGGCUUCGAGACCUGCAACCACCACGGCCUUUCCGACCACCCAGCGCCUCUGGACGCCCCGGGUGAGCCCUUUCUUAGACACCCACAAGCUUCCAGCAACGGCCGAGGUGACCACUGUCAGGACACCCGUGGCCUUAGAGAAUCUCUAUCCUCCCCGAAAGGAGCAACACAGGGAGAGGCCGCAGGCCACCAGGAGGCCCAGCAAGGCCACUAGCUUCGAAAGCUUCACGGCUGCCCCGCCCACCACCAUCUCAGAGCACGGAGGCAGGACUGGCACUGGCCGAUUCCGGGACAGGGACAACCGCACAGACCGGCGGGAGCAUGGCACCGGGGACCCAAAUGUGGUGCCAGGGCCUCACAAAUCAGCCAAGGGGAAGCCUCCCAAAAAGAAGGCACAAGACAAAAUUCUUAGCAAUGAGUACGAGGACAAGUAUGAGCUCAGCCAGCCCACGGCCUCUCAGGGGGAGGACGAGCUGCAGGUGGGGCACAUUCCCUCCCAAAAGGCAAAGGAGUCUAAAAAGCAUGAAAGGCUUGAGAAACCUGAGAAGGAGAAGAAAAAAAAGGUAAAGAAUGAGAAGGCAGAGAAGUUACUCAAGAGUGAAAAGCCAGUGAAGAAGGACAAGGCUGAGAAAAAGAGCAAGCAGGAGAAAGAGAAGAGCAAGAAGAAAAAGGCAGGUAAAGCAGACCAGGAUGGCUACCUGAAACCCACCACAAAACACUUCAACCAGAGUCCCAAGAAGUCAGUGACUGACCUGCUGGGGUCCUUUGAAGGCAAACGAAGGCUCCUUCUGAUCACUACUCCUAAGGUUGAGAACAACAUGUAUGUGCAACAGCGAGAUGAAUAUCUGGAAAGUUUCUGCAAGAUGGCCACCAGGAAGAUCUCCGUGAUCACCAUCUUUGGCCCUCUCCACAACAGCACCAUGAAAAUCGACCACUUCCAGCUAGAUAAUGAGAAACCCAUGCGAGUGGUGGACAAUGAGGAUUUGGUAGACCAGCACCUCAUCAGCGAGCUGAGGAAACAGUACGGGAUGACCUACAAUGAUUUCUUCAUGGUGCUGACCGAUGUAGACUUGAGAGUCAAGCAGUACUAUGAGGUGCCUAUAGCAAUGAAGUCUGUGUUCGACUUGAUCGACACUUUCCAGUCCCGAAUCAAAGACCUGGAAAAGCAGAAGAAAGAAGGCAUUGUCUGCAAGGAAGACAAGAAGCAGUCACUGGAGAACUUCCUAUCCAGGUUCCGAUGGAGACGGCGGUUGCUGGUGAUCUCUGCUCCUAAUGAUGAAGACUGGGCCUAUUCACAGCAGCUCUCUGCCCUCAGUGGCCAGGCAUGCAAUUUUGGUCUGCGCCACAUAACCAUUCUGAAGCUUCUAGGUGUUGGAGAGGAAGUUGGGGGAGUUUUAGAACUCUUCCCCAUUAAUGGGAGCUCUGUUGUUGAUAGAGAAGACAUACCAGCUCAUUUGGUGAAAGACAUUCGUAACUAUUUUCAAGUGAGCCCAGAAUACUUCUCCAUGCUUCUAGUUGGGAAGGAUGGAAAUGUCAAAUCCUGGUAUCCUUCCCCCAUGUGGUCCAUGGUGAUCGUUUAUGACUUAAUUGACUCAAUGCAACUCAGGAGACAGGAAAUGGCCAUUCAGCAGUCACUGGGAAUGCGCUGCCCGGAAGAUGAAUAUGCAGGCUAUGGUUACCAUAGUUACCACCAAGGAUACCAGGAUGGUUACCAGGAUGACUACCGUCAUCAUGAGAGCUACCACCAUGGAUACCCUUAUUGAAUACAAGUAUGUAAACUUAGCCCCAUUUUCCCCUGCAGUUGUUAAAGCCACACAAGGCCAGCUACAUAAAGGAAUUCCUCCACAUUGCCUACAUUCCCUGCCAUUUUCUUUCAGAGUUCUUCAACAAUUCAAUAAAUAGCAAAUUUUUGCCUA